AUGGGAGUCAAAGAAUAUUCUGAUCGCCGCCUUGGAUGUUCAGUUUGCCCAAAAACAGCAACUACUAAUAAUUCUUCAUCUAAUAGACUAAGGUUUGAAAAAAAACAUGCAGAAAAGAAUAUUACUACUAGUCAAAAAUAUAAAUGUGAAAAAAGUGAAAUAAUACCAAAAGUUAAUGAAUGUUAUUGCUAUCAAAUGGAACUUAUAAAAAAAGAAUCUUGCCCUAAAUUAAUAUGUUCAAAACGUUUCAAAGCUCCAAAUAUUGAAAUCGAUAAAGACUGGUUAAAUGGAAUUUUGGAAUUUAGACGUGAAAAUUGGUUUGAUUGUCAUACUGAUACCACCUUUUUUUAA